GGAUAUUUCAGUAAUUAAACUCUCUGUCCCCCAUAAGCCUCCAAAAGAGUCGGUUCCUCUCCAUGGGCUCCUCUGGUACCGUUUUCGAUUCUUCCAUGCGACAACGUUCCUACAACUCGUAAAACCGUCGUAUUUCAUCUCCGUUCCGUCAAAAAACACUUUUCGUCUCCAUCGAUAUCCUUUUUCAACUCGUAAAACCUUUGGUUUUAGAUAAUGUCGUUGCGAACGAGAAGGACGGCGUCGUUCCCGAAAGUCGUCAUUGCCAGAGACACGGACUCCGAGGAAAGCUCUUCCGAUGAGGAGGAGGAGGAAGAAGAAGAAGAAGAAGAAGAAGAAGUGGAAGAGGAAGAGAAAGUAGAAAAGAAAGUUUUGGUGAAAGAGAGUGGAGUGGAAAAAGAGAAGUCUUUGGACGCCAAAGGAAAAGGGAAAAAACCCAUCUCUAUAACUCUCAAGAAAAUUUGCAAAGUAUGUAGAAAGGCGGGUCAUGAAGCGGGAUUCAAAGGGGCUACUUACAUUGACUGCCCAAUGAAACCGUGCUUCCUUUGCAAAAUGCCUGGCCACACUACGAUGACAUGCCCACAUAGAGUGGCUACUGAGUUUGGGGUCAUUCCAGCACCCGGCAAAAAAACCCAUAAACCAUUCGAGUAUUUAUUUGAGCGCCAGCUUAGACCUGGCCUUCCUCGAAUCAAGCCAGCAUAUAUUAUUCCAGAUGAAUUGAGUGCUGCAGUUAUCAAAUACCACAGCAGGCGGGUUACUUCCUUAGAGUUCCAUCCAACAAACAACAAGAUCCUUUUAUCAGGAGAUAAGAAAGGACAAGUUGGAGUCUGGGAUUUCUACAAAGUAGAUGAAAAGAUUGUCUAUGGAAACAUACACUCGUGUAUUGUCAACAACAUGAGGUUUAAUCCUACAAAAGAUGAUAUGGUUUAUACUGCAUCAUCAGAUGGAACCAUUAGUUGCACUGAUUUGGAGACUGGUAUUUCAUUACCUCUGAUGGACACAAACCCCAAUGGGUGGCAGGGCCCAAACAGCUGGAAAAUGCUUUAUGGCAUGGAUAUCAACAAAGACAAAGGUGCUGUUCUUGUUGCUGAUAAUUUUGGUUAUCUUUACUUGGUGGAUACUCGCUCCAACCAAAGAGUUGGCAAGGAAGUUUUGAUCCAUAAGAGAGGGAGCAAAGUUGUUGGACUCCACUGCAAUCCUGUUCAACCAGACCUUCUUUUAAGCUGUGGAAAUGAUCACUUUGCUCGUAUAUGGGACAUGCGGCGACUUGAAGCUAAUUCUUCCCUUAGUGAACUUGGGCACAAGCGUGUUGUUAACUCUGCAUACUUUUCUCCAGUAUCUGGCAACAAAAUUCUUACCACCUCGCAGGACAACCGUCUCCGAGUAUGGGAUUCUAUUUUUGGUAAUUUGGAUUCACCCAGCCGUGAGAUUGUACACAGUCAUGAUUUUAAUCGUCAUUUGACUCCUUUCCGAGCAGAAUGGGAUCCUAAGGACCCAUCAGAGUCCCUUGCUGUUGUUGGUCGUUACAUAAGUGAAAACUAUAAUGGGGCUGCCCUGCAUCCAAUUGAUUUCAUAGACAUCAGUACCGGGCAACUAGUUGCUGAGGUCAAGGAUCCAAACAUUACAACUAUUAGUCCUGUGAACAAAUUACAUCCAAGGGAGGAUGUUUUGGCAUCUGGUAGUUCAAGGUCACUUUACAUUUGGCGGCCGAAGGAUAAUUCUGAGUCUGUGGAACAGAAGGAAGAACGAAAGCUGCUUGUUUGUGCUAGUGAACGGAAGAAGCGCAUGCGGAGUGGUAAAUUUGGGGAUGAAAGCGAUGAUUCCGAUGAUGACUCAUUCAGUGGCAAAGGCAAGAAUUCAAAGUCUAGAAAAUCAACAUAUAAAACAAAACUAAUCUAGAAAAUCAAAGUAAAUUAUUUGUUCAGUUUGCUCAGUAAGGUGAAAGUCUAAUCUAUCAAAGUGUCAAGUUGGUAUGAACUGUCGUGGGAUAGAUCCUUUUGAGCUGGUUUUGAUGGUUUCCUUUUGUAUGAACUGUGUAAAUAUAGUGGAGCUGCUCACUCUUUUUUACCGGGUGAAGUGAGAGCUUUUUGAUAUAUUAUUAGCAGUGUGUAGCUAGUUAAUAUGUUGCGGCCUAUUUUGCUUACAAUUUGUAUGGUUUUGGAGCAAGAUCAAUGUGAAUGUGAACUUCAGUUUGUACUAUAGCUAAGAGGGGCGCUUCCAAAGCUGUAGUAUUGCAUGUAGGAUUCUGAAUCCCUCGUGACAAUUUGCACUGUUUGCAAUUUUAUUUUAUUUUUUGAAAUUGAUAUUUUCCCUGUGUUCUUAUAGUCA